AUGGAGUGCCUCUGGAUAUUGGCGACCAUUCUGUUCUUUCAGUACCUAGUCUCCUCCAUUUCUCUUGCCUGCACUGCCCGUAAAUCAACCUCACGGAAAUUAUGCAUACUUUCCCUCCUCAUCUUGGCAGUUUUUGAAAUUCAUUGCUUGUCCUUUUUACCGGGGCCAGAAUUACAGAGAGCAGUCAUUGCAUUCUCCUGCAUCGUCAAACUUCUCCAUUUCAUCAGCAUCUUUUUAAUCCUCCAGGUGGAAAUCCACCAAUUAGUUCAAACAGUGUCAGGUUCCUUCUUGACCAGUCUGCGUGCUGGCUUGAACUGCGUGACUAGUACUCGUGGAAUAGGGACGCCUUGGGAGGUGAUAUCCUGGCCACAUUGUCGAGAACCUACCAAGGGCCAAUAUAUCGCAAACGCCAUAAUUGUUCUGAGUUGGCAAUAUUUGGCACUUGACUUCCUGAACUUUGGAGCAUUGAAGUAUUUUCACCACAAUUGGCCGGAUACAUUAGCGGCAGGCGCGGAGUUUCUUAACCCUAAGUCAACAAAGGAGCAGUUGAUGGCCCGAAUUCCGCUCUCAUGUAUUUUAGUGGCCAACCUACGCUUGCUUUUUGCUAUGAUCUACGGAGUUCUUGCCACUGUUUCUGUUUUAUUGAAUUUCAACUCUCCCAAAGACUGGCCACCGCUAUUUGGUAGCAUGCGACAUCUCCGGACGUUCAGCAUCCGAAGUUUCUGGGGAAAAUACUGGCAUCAGUUAUUGCGCUGGCCCCUGGUGACCAUUAGCACGUAUAUCCGGCAACGUCUCAGCCUCUGCAACUCGGUUUCUCGCCACGUACAAAGUAUGACAGAUCUCUUCCUGAUAUUCUGUUUAUCUGGCUUUCUCCACCUACUAAGUGCAGUGUAUGCGGGUGUACCUGACAGCCUAGGAGCAAUAUUCCUUUUCUUUAUCACAGUGCCCCUCUUGAUCAUGUUGGAGGAUGCUUAUAGAGUUCGGGUAGGCGGAACAACUCACUCGAGACGAAUGGACACCCUAGGUUUCCUGUGGGCACUUGCCUGGCUCUACGCGUGUGUUCCGUGGUUUGCGUACACAGCGUUGAGGUUGCCUGUUAACAAGAAUGCGAUGAUGCCCUUCAGCUUCGUGGAGAGUUUUGGAAGUCAGGCUGUGAUGACGAUGGUUCUUUCAGGCGGGAUUAUUUGGGCUUUAUGGGUAGAUGGACGACCUGUCGGUGAACAAGAAGUUGGAUAA